AUGACACAGCCGACUAAGCCCUUGGUCACCUGGGACCUGGGAUCCUCCACGAUCUAUGGGACUGCCCCCCAGGCGACCACCAGUUCUGCCUCAACCUCGAACUACCAGCUGGGCUCGAACUACCAGCGCGAUAGACUCGGCCGCCGCCAAGACAUCGGCGUCGGGGGACCCCGUCAAAUGUGCUCUGGCCCUGGCUCCAGCCAUCUGUAACCUGUACCACCUUUCCCUCCCUGCUCCAGCGUAAUGAAUUCCAGUGAAGCAGCAAUGAAAAAAACUUUACCCAAGAGCCAUUUAUCUCGGGUGAUUAUUCAUGAUAACCGCAUCGCACAACGAAUCUAUGAGAUGGAGGUGAACGCUUUAGAGAAGACCAAGAAAAAGAUGAACCACUACUAUGAACACCUGAAAAAAAAGUUCAUGACAGAGCAGCUCAGAAAGCUGGGGCGAUGGAGAGAUGAAUCCAUGAACAACCAGUACUUACCCUUUGGGGUACCAUGACCAGUUUAA